AUGGGAUACCCUCUUCAGUGGCUUACUAACGAGGUAGAUGGUUGGGGAGCAUCGUCCAUAGUUCGUGAAGGUUCAGGUGAUCCCUCGGUUUCAACGGAUGCAGAAGAAGCCACUUCGAUGCCAUGGCCAAUCACGCCCUUGUCUGGUCAGCUUUUCUCAGAAUUGGCCCAGCACGCCUGCCACAUGACACGAGGUGAAGAAGCAGGCACCAGCAUGGAAGUGUUCCUCCCACCACAGACGCCCGACGCGACAGGGAAACGCGGGUCCGCGCGUCACUCCUCCGCUACCGACUUCUCCUCAAAGGUCACUGGCAUGGACCUGGAGUUUGUCAUUGAACUGACCGACAAUGAAGAUAGAAAUUGUCCCAUGGUCGAAGUCGAAGUACGUCGAACCAAGCGACCAAUCGAGGAGCAGCUGAAGUACUGUAAGUCCGCCAAUUGUUGUGUUCAUUGA